GGCAACUUUUGGUCUUAACUUAGAUUGAGCCGAGGAGGCACACGAAACCAACGCCAGCACUGACGCCUUCUAAUUCGGGACUAGCUCCAUCGCGUCCAGUGCGACUACACACAAAGGCAGACUUGUGAGCGAUCUUUCGUGUAGGUUCAGCGUCUGUUGCCUCCACGCGCAGCAGUUUCUUCCAUUUUGGAGCGAAAAUCUCGUGACGCCAGCCAGCCAGGCUCUCAGUUUAGUUCAAGGCUCUCCCAGCACGCAGGUGAGCGAUCUCGUUUCGCUCACUACCAAAGACAGACCCUUACAGCACCAAGCAGAGACCAUGACGGACGCAGAAGGCGUACAGCAGGAGCUGCAGGACUACCUGCACAAGAAAGGCAUCAACACGCUCUUCAUCAACCUCGUGGAGUCGCUGCUACUGGCCAAACCGGAGAACCCCAUCCUGCAUAUCAUCCAGUAUCUGCAGACCAACUACCCGGAAGAGGCCACGCCGCGCCUCAAGCCCGGAGUAAAGGACGACAAUCCCGCCUCGCCGCGCUCUCAAUGUACGCGACGGUUGGACUUUCAAUGAUGGCAGAGAGAGGCGAGAUCUAACGAGGGGUCUCGUGUCUGUGUGCACUUACAGAUCACUCAGACGACAGCGAGAGCGAGGACGAGGACGAGGGCGGAGACGCCGUGGGGGAGAUCGCUGCCAGCGUGCCGCCUCCAAAGAUCAUGGCCAAGGGACGACGCACUUCGGUGUCUGCUGAAACUAUCGACCCAUUGAGUGCCCGCCAAUUCGAGCGUGUGGUGCAUCCCAAGUCUGCAGAAGAGAGGGAGGGAAUCAGUCGCAUGGUGGCCGAGAAUAUCCUGUUCAAGUCGUUGGAUGAGAAGCAGCACGAUAUCGUGUUGGACGCCAUGUUCCCAAAGGAAUUCGAGCCUGGUGACAUCAUUAUCAAGCAGGGAGACGAUGGAGACAACUUUUACAUCCUUGAGAGCGGUAUCUGCGAGGUCUACAAGGACGGCGUGCUCGUCCAAACGUGCACAGAGGCGAUGUCGUUCGGUGAAUUGGCGCUCAUGUACAACGCUCCACGUGCUGCUACCGUGAAGGCUGUGCAGCACUCGAAGGCAUGGGCAUUGGAUCGACAGACGUUCAAGUUCAUCAUCAUGGAGACGACAUUAAAGAAGCGCGAGGCACACAAGGGCUUCAUUGAGCGCGUGCCGCUGCUCGAGUCGCUGAGCGAGUACGAGCGUCUCACCGUUGCAGAUGCUCUCAAGACCGAGACGUUUAGUGACGGUGAAGUCAUUAUCACUCAGGGUGAUGACGGUAACCUGUUUUACAUUAUUGAGGAAGGGGUAGCAGUGUGUACGAAGCAGCUCUCACCAGCAGAUGCGGCCGUGGAAAUGGGCGAGCUUACAUCAGGCGCCUACUUCGGUGAGAUCGCUUUGCUCACGACUCGACCGCGCCAGGCAACAGUGACAGCGAAGGGUAAGGUCAAGUGCCUCACGUUGGACCGUAAAACGUUCAAGCGGGUUAUGGGCCCGCUAGAAGACAUCCUGAAGCGCAACAUCGACAAGUACAACUCCGUCAUCGCCAACAACAUUUAAGCAGGAACAGGAUAGCGCACAAGCGCACCAAUACAUUUAUACACGCCUUCCAACCACUGUCACGAUUUUUUCGACAAGCAAGGGACGAAUGAGCAAGUAGCAGCGGGCUGUAGGCAGAUACCACCCAUACACUAACGAUGAAGAACCUGUCGACUAUUGUAGAACUAGUCGAGCUAGUCUAAUUUAUCAGGCGGGGUGGUGUUGAUGCAGUUAGUGCCACAACUGUUAGUGUUCUCAUUGCCAGACUAUGAUUUAUCAUAUUCAUAUCUUGCAUCCGUCUGUUCCUUGUCGAUAAAUUUAACCGCAAACAUUUGAAUAGCGGAC